GCCCCAAGCAUCCAGCAUUGUCUCGACGCAGCACUGGGAGAGACAGUCAGGCGCAUCUAAGACACCUAUAGAAUCUACCGCUGCAUCCUCCUGCGAGUUGCUUUCCGUAAUUGAUCGACCAAAACCGGGGCCUUCAACUCUAAGUUUCCAUAGAGCUUCUAUUGCUUUCCACGCUAGUCCCUCCACAUCACUGCAUUUCUUCCGCCCUCAAACUGCUUCGUCUACACAAACACUACACCACAACUACACAGCACACUCCCCGUAAAUCUACUCCUACAUCCUGAACGACAGUUCGAACUCGAUUGGAAACAACAACAACGAACUACCACCCUCAACAUGACCACUGUUACUCCCGAAGUCACCUGGGCGCAACGCUCGUCCGCUGACGACCCGGAGAAGAACUACGUAUACCUCACCAUCGUCGCCGCCGAUGUACCCGAGUCAGACCUCAAGCUAGACCUUAAGGAGCAGUCACUUAGCUUCAAGGGUACCUCAACAUCCAAGAAGUGCACAUACGCCAUCGACCUCGAGUUCUUCGCCGAGAUCGACCCCAAGGAGUCUAAGAUUAGCCACAGCGGUCGCGAUGUCACAAUGGUACUGCGUAAGAAGGAGAUGAAGGAGGAGUUCUGGCCCCGUCUGCUAAAGGACACCAAGAAGAUGCACUUCUUGAAGACCAACUUCGACAAGUGGGUCGACGAGGACGAGCAAGACGAGGCACCCGAGGACGAGUCCAUGAACCAGAUGAACCCAAUGGCCGGCGGUGGCGGUGGCGACGGUGGUUUCGGCGGUAUCGACUUCAGCAAGCUUGGCGCUGGCGGCGGCGGCAUGCCUGGAAUGGAGGGCAUGGACAUGGCCAGCAUGAUGCAGGGUAUGGGCGGUGCCGGCGGUAUGGGAGGUAUGCCAGGUAUGGGUGGCAUGGGUGGAGACGACAGCGACGACGAUGACGACGACAUGCCCGAACUCGAGAACGACGACGAGAACAAGGCCAGCCAGGACAAGGCCCCCGAGGCGGCCGCAUCAGGCGACAAGCCCAAGAUUGAGGAAGUGGCGUAGUUGCUCCAUCUUCUUGCGACAAGCGUAUGACUGCACGAGAUGGAUUGGGUGGGCAUGGCGCGCAUGACUGGUGACCGGCGUUUCUGCCUCAAUAUCUUUUUGAGGCAAGAGGGGUUGGAGUCUGAUACCUGACUGAAAGAUGGAGAAGAGAGGUUGCAUCUAUAGGUCGCUUGCGUAUUUCCGGGUCCUCUAUCCUAGUGUGCUGGUGCUGGUGCGGGUUAAUGAUCACAUCAUGGAGUAUAUGACAAAAGAAUACGAAUCAUGUUUUCAUGA